AUGACUUGGACUAAUUAUGUUCGUAUUCCAUGGUUUUGUUUUACACCAACACGUCUGAUUGUUAAACCAUAUAAAUUUAUGCGAUCAAAUCGGGUGUUUCGAUAUGUGUCUAAUGUCAAUCAAUCAAUGGCAUUUGUGGAAUUUCGUGAUGAUACAGGAUCGACAUAUUUAUCAAAGGAACUUGUUCCCUUCUUAAAACAUUACCUUGAAAAUGGAUUCUGGUUUGGUGGUCGUUAUUAUAUUUAUUUACAUCAUGCUCAAUCUCAAAUUCGUCAGAAACAAUUCUAUUUUUAUUGUGAACAUGAAGGUAAAAUGACUCGUGAAGCAUUUGAAUCUUGGAUGGGUAAUUUUGAUAAUGAACGGUUACCAGCGAAGAAUACUGCUCGACGAACACAACUUUUUUCUAGUACACAAGCUACUAUUCAAAUUGAUAAGAAAUUCGUUGAGAUGAUUCCUGACUUAAAGACAACAGAUGGCAAAUAUAAUUUUACGGAUGGUGUCGGACAAAUUUCACCAGAACAAAAUCUAUUGAUUCAUAAAUCAAUUGGUAUAAAUGUUGAUCAUGGCGAUUAUGUUUCAAGUGUUCUUCAAAUUCGCUAUGGAGGUUGUAAAGGUACUAUUGCUGUUAAUCCACUGCUUGAUGGAAAAGAGAAGCAAUUGUUAAUCCGAGAAAGUAUGAAGAAAUUUGAAUGUGAACAUCAAAUACUUGAGUUAUGUAAACGUUCACUUAGACGUAAUUUAUGUCUUAAUCGUGAAGUGAUUAACUUACUUUCAUAUCGUGGUAUUUCUGAUGCACAUAUUCUGAUCGCACAAUUACGAAAUAUUUUAUGGCUAAUGUCUUCUCUUGUUUCAAAUCAAUCAGCUUUGUCUGUUCUUAAAGAUAAGGUUCUCCAUGUUUUACAAUGGUCGAAAAUUUCAUCUUAUCCAUGUUUAUCAAAAGAACCAUUUUUUCAUCGUCUUCUUCUUACAACUGUUUCAAAUAAUCUUUAUGAAAUAGUAACAAGAGCUCAUAUACGUGUUUCAAAAGCACGUUAUAUGUUUGGAACUGUUGAUGAAUAUAAAGUACUCAAACAAGGACAAGUUUUUGUUCAAAUUACUAAUGAAAAUGGAACUAAGACUGUUUUAGAAGGACCAAUUGCUAUUACUAAAAAUCCCUGUCAUCAUCCAGGAGAUUUACGUGUUUUAGAAGCUGUUAACAACAGUUAUCUUCACCAUCUCUAUGAUGUUCUUGUCUUUCCUCAACAAGGUUCUCGACCUCAUGCAAGUGAAAUAUCUGGAUCAGAUCUUGAUGGUGAUGAGUAUAGUGUCAUUUGGGAUUCUGAUCUCGUACCUACUUCACCCAAUCCAAUUCCAUACGAUUAUGAUUCUGGACCAAGUCCAAAACCUCUCAAUCGUGUAGUAACGCGUGAUGAUCGAUUGAAAGUUAUCUUAGACGUUUGUGAACAAGACAAUCUAGGUCGAUUGAGUAAUAUUCAUCUCAUACUUGUCGAUAAAUUUGGUAUUGACAAUAAAAAAGCAACUACUUUAGCUGCUGGAAUAAGUCAAGAAUUAGACAGUGUAAAAUCAGGUCAACAUCCUUUUACAUCAGAACAAAUUAAGAAAAUCAUAUUAACAGCUGGUACAAGUCGGCCAGAUUUUAUGCAAACAUCUGGUUAUACAGAGUAUCAAUCGCAAAAGAUACUUGGAAAACUUUUUCGAAGCGCUCAUCGUUUAACUAAUACUUUUAAAAGUCAAUUUCCUAAUACGAACAAUGAAAUUGUUCUUGAUCAAACCCUUCUUCAUAAUGGUUAUAAAGACUAUAUUGAUUCUGCUCGAAAUCUUUAUAAACAAUAUCAAUUUGAAAUGUUGGAAAUAAUUGGAUCAUACGGAUUUGCAAAUGAAAUCGAUCUUUUUUGUUGUAUUGAUUCACGUAAUAUGAAAGCCAACGAACGAAGUGAUAUUCAACUAACAGCUAAAGAAUUAUUAAGAGCUGUUUUUCAAAAUAUUCAAAAGAACUUUGGUGAUGAUGUUGUCUCAUUUCGUGAAGCAAAAGCUAAAGCAGCUGCUUGUUAUUAUGUGGCAUAUACAGAUACAAAUGUCAAAGAUAAAUGUAUGUUAAGUUUUCCAUGGUUAUUUACUUCUCAACUUCUUGCCGAUUAUUCUGUUGUUUCUGAAGAUGAAGCAGAAAUAAAUGAUUUUAUGGGCAAUACAUUUAAUUCUGACUUCAAUUUAUAUCAUUACAUCAAACAACAAUUGCCAUCAUUAUUAAAUCUACUUUCAAAUGACAAUCAAUUCACCUCUAUGGAACUCUUAGAGACAUGCUUUCAAAAUGUUUGUGCUACUAAUAAUGAACAGAUGAUUGAACACAUCGAAAUGCUUCUUGAACGAUUGAUCACAAUUGCAAAAACUAUACAUUCGAACUAA